AUGUCAAAUUUUCUGUCACUUUUUGGCUUUGAAGAAGGUCCCUCACAUUUGGCGAGUAGUUUAGAAUGUACGGAGGAAUUCAGUAGUAUGGAGAAGAUUGAAGAUCGAGUGAAAAGAACAAGUGAGCGAAUCAAGCGGAUAAAUGAAGGUAUUCAUAUUUUUUAGAAGUUGUUGUGAAUAGAAUUUAUUAUGCUUUUUCAGAAAUCAACAAUUCCACACCAAAAUCAUCCAACAAAAAUUCGAAAAAACAAGAAACUCCAAAGAUUCGAAGAUCUUACAUCAAAAAAGAGAGAAUUCCUGUCAAAGUAGAGGAAUAUGACGAAGAAGAUGAAGAAAUGGAUGAGAAUGGAGAUAUUCGUCGAAGUAAACGGGGAAGAAAACCAAAGAAAACUUAUUCGCCAGAAAAAAUUGAGGAAAAGAAAAGUGCUCGCAAAAGAAGUUUAGCUGCUGAUCGUGAGGAAGCUUCGAAAAGUGUGAAGCGUGGAAAAUAUGAGAGAAAAAGUGGAAAAGUUGUGAAAGAUUCGGAAAAGGAAGAAUCGGAAGAUUCAUCAGCUGAAGAAUCAAUGACAGAAUAUGAAGGAGAAGAGGAGGGUGAAAGUGAAAGUGAGAAUGAUUUUGAUGAAGAGGAAGAAGAAGAAAGUAGCAGCAGCAGUUCCGCGGAAGAUAGUGAGGUAGAAAAUAAAAAAAAACAAACGGCAAAACAAAUAUUUAUUUUUGUUUUAGGACGAAUAUCAACCAUCUUCGGUUGCUCGCAAAGGAAAAGGAAGAAGGAUUUUGAAGGACAAUUUCAAAACUCCAAAUGGAGGAGAUGUGAGUUGAUCAAGUUUUUUUCACAAAUGGUUCGGCAACGCGAAAAAUCUCAUGCUCUAAAAUGAAAUACUCGUUUUAACUUUCAAAAGUCACAAAAAUGCAGUGUAUUCAGGUGAUAAACUUUUACAAUUAAUGCUUUUCCAGCUCAACGACGAAGAAGUUCUUGAAAAAAUCAAAAAUGGCGAAAUUCCCGAAACCUUUGUCUACCGCUCUGACAGUCAUUCAAUCUUCAUACCAAAACUUCGUCCUGACAUGAUUGGUGGAACUGGAAAGUAAGAUCUUACUACAUACUUCUAUAAAAGUAGUAUUUUAGUUUUAUAUCCAAUUUUCAUUUCCAGAGAUGUUUCAAUUCAAUCAAUUCCCGCCGAAUUCUUCAAAUUCAAACGUGUUCGUCAAAAAACCAAACAAGAUCAUGCGGAUCCACAGAAGGUUCGAGAGCUCAUCAGAGCUAUCAGGAAAACACCAAGUGAGAACAUUUUUGAAAGAAAAUUCCGUUGUAGUUGAAUCCAAAAAAACUUUUUUCCAGUAAUUUGGGACCAACGUUUAUCUUGUCAUCAAAACAAAAUAUUGGUGCGAAGAGCUUGGAUUCGAAUUGAUCAAGAAUUGGGAGAAGAUGACGAAUAUUCAUUGAAUAGAAGACGCCAAAUUUGGAAGAAUAAAAAGGAUUAUUAUUUGAAUAUUGUACAAACCGAUUUGGAAAGACAAUGGAUGUUCAUAAAGUAAGAAGAUAGAAAAUAUAUAAAUUCAAAAAAGAAAUUGUUUUUCAGAGAUUUCGAAUUUUAUGAACCAAUGGUCCACUUCCGUACAGCAAAUAUAAAAGAAAAGAAGGCAAACAAUGAAAAACUUGUUCUAGGAAACAUGAGUUUGACAUGUAAAUCUGAUGACAAAUCGAAUGUUAUGAAGUUAGUUUCUAUUUUCCAUUUUCCCCUCAAAACCACAUUUUUUCCAGAUUUUUAUUGAAAUCAAUCCACGAUUUUGGAAUGUGUGAUGAAAAAUUGAUGAUGUUACAUCAAAACAGCAUCAAAAAUAUUUUCGAAACAAAUUUUAAGAAUAUAUCUGCCAAAUAUUCAAACGUUUUAUCAAAAUAG